AUGAUGGAGGAGCGAGCGGCCCCCGCCGCCGCCGCCGCCGCCGCCGCAGCAGCCGCCGCCGCCGCCGCCGCCGCGACCGCCCCCGCCUGCCGCCCGCCGGCCCCCAGCCCCGCCAAGGGCAGCGGGGGCGGCGGGGGCGGGGCCGGCGGGGGUAGCCCCGGGGCGGGCCCCGAGCCGCUGAGCCUGCCCGGCAUCCUGCACUUCAUCCAGCACGAGUGGGCGCGCUUCGAGGCGGAGAAGGCGCGCUGGGAGGCCGAGCGGGCCGAGCUGCAGGCCCAGGUGGCUUUUCUCCAAGGGGAGAGAAAGGGACAGGAGAACCUUAAGACAGACCUGGUUCGGCGGAUCAAAAUGCUAGAGUUUGCACUGAAGCAGGAACGAGCCAAGUAUCACAAACUGAAGUUUGGGACGGAAUCAAACCAAGGGGAGAAGAAGUCGGAGGUGCUGGAGCAAGUUCCCAACGGGCCCGUGGAGUCAGUCUCCUUGGAGAGCAGCCAGCUGGUGUGGAAAGAAGGCCGGCAGCUGCUGCGACAGUACUUGGAGGAGGUGGGCUACACGGACACCAUCUUGGACAUGCGCUCGAAGCGCGUGCGCUCCCUGCUGGGCCGCUCCGUGGAGCUGAAUGGGGCCGCCGAGCCCGGGGACAGCAGCCCUGGGGGGCUUCCCACGGGGGAGUCGGUGUUGGCCAAGCAGAUCGAGGAGCAGAUCAAGAGGAACGCUGCAGGCAAGGAAGGUGCGGAGCGGCUGGGAAGCUCCGUGCUGGAGAAGAUCCCGUUCCUGCAGAACUGCGAGGAGGAGGACAGCGACGAGGAGGAGGAGCUGGAGAGCAUGCAGCCCAAGAAGCAGCGGGUCAAGUUAUCAUCUAAGCCCCUGGUCCCAGAAAUGGACGAGGAAGACGAUGAUGAAGACUCCGAGGACGCCAUCAACGAAUUUGACUUUCUGGGCUCUGGGGAGGACGGGGAAGGGUCCGCUGAGGCGCGCCGCUCCGGAGACGGCACUGAGCUGGAGAGUCGGCGGGUGAAACUGCAGGGCAUGCUGGCUGAUCUCCGGGACGUCGAUGGGCUGCCCCCAAAAGGCACCGGCCCGCCCCCUGGCACGCCGCAGCCCCGGCCCCACGACGGUUCCCUUGGCUUUUCCUCCGACGUCUUUAUCAUGGACACUAUCGGGGGCGGAGAGGUGAGCCUGGGGGACUUGGCCGACCUCACCGUCAGCAACGACAACGACCUCAGCUGUGACCUUUCUGACAGCAAAGAUGCCUUCAAGAAGACUUGGAACCCCAAAUUUACCCUCCGCUCCCACUACGACGGCAUCCGCUCGCUGGCCUUCCACCACAGCGAGUCAGCCUUGCUCACGGCCUCGGAGGACGGCACCCUGAAGCUUUGGAACCUACAGAAGACUGUGACGGCCAAGAAGAAUGCUGCUCUGGAUGUGGAGCCGAUCCACGCUUUCCGGGCCCACAGGGGCCCCGUGCUGGCGGUGGCCAUGGGCAGUCACAGCGAGCACUGCUACAGUGGGGGAGCAGACGCCCGCAUCCACUGCUGGAGGAUCCCAGACCUCAAUAUGGACCCUUACGACGGCUAUGACCCCGGCGUGCUGAGCAGCGUCCUGGAGGGCCACGGGGACGCCGUGUGGGGCCUCGCCUUCAGCCCCGCCUCACACCGCCUGGCCUCCUGCUCCGCGGACGGCACCAUCCGCAUCUGGGACCCCAGCGGCCACAGCCCCACUUGCCUGUGCACUUUCCACACGGCUGGCGAGCACGGCAUCCCCACUUCCGUGGCCUUCACCAGCACAGAGCCGGCCCAGGCCGUCGCUUCCUUCCGCUCAGGUGACACGGUCCUCUACAACCUGGAGACUGGCAGCGCCCUUCUCACCCUGGAGUCCCGAGGGAGCAGUGGGCCCACCCAGAUCAACCAGGUGGUGAGCCACCCCAACCAGCCCCUUACCAUUACCGCCCACGAUGACCGAGGCAUCCGAUUCCUGGACAACCGGACAGGGAAAUCUGUGCACUCCAUGGUCGCUCACCUCGACGCGGUGACCUGCUUGGCCGUGGACCCGAAUGGAGUCUUCUUGAUGUCCGGAAGCCAUGACUGCUCCCUCCGCCUCUGGAGCCUGGACAAUAAGACCUGCGUGCAGGAGAUCACCGCACACCGGAAGAAGCACGAGGAAGCCAUUCACGCCGUGGCCUGCCAUCCCAGCAAGGCGCUCAUUGCCAGCGCCGGGGCCGAUGCCCUGGCCAAGGUGUUUGUAUGACGCCCCGUCCCGUGCCCCGCCACCUCCCCCCUCUUCCCCGAGGAAGGGUGGGGCGGGGCAGGUGGCCCCCCAAGCCAGUGAUUUUCUCCACGUCUGAAAUGGGGGAGCAAGAAGCCUCCACUCCGAGCCUCAUGGUGCUAGCAGCCCGUGGGGCUGGCCCUCUCCUCCGUCACCUUCCCCAUUUCUACUGGGGUUGAGGAGGGAGCCGUUCUCUCCAGCCAGAAGGGGCCUGAUGCUUCCCCACCCCUUCAGAACUGGCUCCUUUUCUCCCCUCCUCCCCACUGGGGCCCGGAUUCAAGAGUCCAGAGCUUUCCAUUGGUCUUUGAGCCACAGUAAUAGGGCUGGGCGGAGGUGGGGACUGUCAUGCUGAGAGGUGCAGACCCUCCCUCUGCCUGGCUGGCCCCUCUUCUAGGGCAGCAGAGAAGGACCACCUGGGAGGACCUUUCUGCCCACAUCUUUUUGAGGGAGGAAAGGUUGGGGGGACCAAGAUGGCGUCACCGGAUCACCACAGUGGUCCCUCUCUCCGACUUUUAGAAACACACCCAUACUGCAGACACUAGCCCCUCCCCCAAACCAGAAGCAUCGACUGCCUGGGGGGGACACCUCCUGCCAUCCCAGCACCCCUCUGGGGCCAGGGGCCCACAAGGGACGAGAGGGGCGCCUCAUUGACUUGAGGGAGCAACGUGGAAUCCUUUCUUUCCCCCUCUAACCCCUUUUUCACACUGUAUAUUCUGUAUAAAUCAAUACAAUUUUAAAUGGAAGCCCAGCUCUCCUCCCCCAGCCUGCCCAGACCCUUCCCUUGGUUGUUAUCACUGUGUGAUAGUCUCUGUCCGUCUGUCCCCCUGUUCCCCCCUCCCCCCCAGGGUUCCCAAACUUUUCUCUUUGUAUAUUUAUUUCACUCCUGAUUUCAGCUCUUCCCCAUCCGGCCUUCUUCCUGCCUCUCCCCAUUGUACGUGAAGACCUGCCUCAAUAAAACCUUUGGAAUAAGA